AUUGCUUCAGCCAAUGCCGUGGGUCAGCUUGUUGAAAAAAGUCCAGAAUGUGCAAAAGUCCAGAAUGUGCUGCGCAGUUUUAUCAGGGAGCAAAUCAUCAUGUGAUGCAAUGUUAAUGUCCUCUGCCAAUCUUAUUAGUUUUUGGAAUUCAAGUGUGAUAUUGUCCAAAACAGCACCCUGCAACUGCGUGCGGAUUGUGUCCCAGUUACGUUUGGUGGAGUUAUAUUGUUUUGAGGCUGUGGAACUGAGAAUGACUUCCACCAGCAAGGUGAUUCCAAGCACAACACGUGAGAUGUACUGCGUCGUGGGAGUUAAGGCUGUUAUCCGGCGGUCUAGGAUGGAGAGCACAUGACCAGCAGAGGUUCAAGGACUGUGUGGCCAGAUGAAACAGUGGGACCAUUUGGGCCCCAGGAUCAAAGAUUUCAGCUCUCUGGGAACAUAGGUUUUGACUGUCACCUCAGUGGGACAGCUUUGCAGAAGGAAAGUCCAAUUCAUAAAACUUUGCCUGAUAUCCUAGCAGAGCCAUUAUCAAGUGAAAGGCAUGAAUUUGUGAUGGCACAGUAUAUAAGUGAAUUUGAGGGCAGUGAUGCACCUGUUGAACAACAGGAAAUUAACAGGGCACAAAGUUAUUUUGAAAAUGCCAAAGUAGAAUGUGUUAUACAAACACGUCCAGAGCUACUUCGAAGAGAUUUUGAAUUAGUGAUUCCAGAAGUGAAUUCUGGUAAAUUAGUGGUACUAACUGUAACAUGGAAAUCCAAAAAUAAUAUGGCCAUGUGGAGUGAGGAGGUUGGAAAUAAAGAGAAAUGCUGUUAGAGAAGAUGAAGAAUGAGGAUAAGAGGCAGUUUGGAUGGAAGGUGCCAAUCUGGUAGACCUGCACUGUGCGCUGACUCUGACACAGUACUAUGGCUGUAAG